AUGAGUGCUCUUGCCAUUUCAAAUUUCAAAGCUGUCCUCGGGCCUGUUCAACUCCCACGUGUUUGGUUCUCCCCACUAGACUGGUUUCAAGGCUUAACACCAUUCAAAUGCUCUCUGCAACAAAAAGGCAUCAUUCUCCUGAUGCCUACAUCAGAUGAAAUCAUGAAGAUCAUGUUCUCUCUGAACCCAAACAAAGCGCCAGGGCCUGGUGGUCUCACCUCGGGCUUCUUCAAAGCUUCAUGGUCAUUGCUAGGAAAGGAUUGUGCCAUUUCGAUUCAGAAAUUCUUCAACACUGUUCUAGCUAGUGAGAUCGUGAAUGGUUAUCAUAAGAACAGAGGGUCAAAGAAGAUUACCAUCAAGGUUGACAUUGCAAAAGCGUUUGAUACUCUCUCAUGGGACUUCCUCCUCUCAGCACUGGAAAGUCUAGACCUCCCCGACCACUUUAUUCGGCUGCUGAAAGCUUGUAUCUGCACAACAUCGUUUAUGGUAGGUUACAAUGGAACGGUGAGUGAUUUCUUGAAAGGAAAAAGAGGCUUUAGGCAGGGAGAUCCUCUUUCUCUCUACCUCUUUGUUAUUGCCAUGAACUACUUAUCACUGAUGUUGGAUAAAGAUGCGAGGCCAGGGAAUCUGUCUUACCAUCACCAAUGCCAAAAGACUAAGUUGACUCAUCUUUCCUUUGCGUCGGGACUUACGGAACAAGAAAUCUCAGCAAUCCAAGGAUCAACUGGUAUGCCUAAUAGAAGCCUUCCUAUGCGCUACUUAGGUGUUCCCUUGUGUACAAAGAAACUCUACUUGCAGAACCGCGAGCCUCUUUUGCAGCAGAUCAAACAAUGCAUCUCUUCUUGGUUUGCAAAAGCUCUUUCUUUUGCGGGAAGACUACUGUUGAUCAAAACUAAUAUUGCAGGUGUCUCCACCUUCUGGUGUUCCAGUUUUAUUCUGCCAAAAUCUUGCAUUAAUAAGAUCAAUUCACUUUGUGGUAUAUUCUUGUGGAAAGGAAGCAGUGAAGGUCACCAUUCUGCUAAAGUCAGUUGGGAAACAGUGACUCUUACCAAAAAGCAAGGAGGGCUUGGCGUCAAAGACCUACACAGUUGGAACCUCGCUUGUAUCAUGAAGCUUGUCUAG